UUAUUGUGAAAAUAUUAGGAGGAAGUCCUUUUUAUUGCCGCUGCCUUGACGCGGGUUCAAGCCGCACUGCUCCAGCCUUCAUUAGUAGCGUGAACAGUUCAACGGACUGUCAAUUAAUUUUAAAAGAACACUAUGAAUCAAGAGAAGCUUGCCAAACUCCAGGCACAAGUGCGGAUAGGUGGAAAGGGAACUGCCCGCAGGAAGAAAAAGGUUGUUCACAAAACAGCAACAGCUGAUGACAAGAAACUCCAGGGCUCAUUGAAGAAACUGGCAGUGAACAACAUUGCAGGGAUAGAAGAGGUGAACAUGAUAAAAGAUGACGGGACAGUGAUCCACUUCAACAACCCCAAAGUGCAGGCGUCUCUGUCUGCCAACACCUUCGCCAUCACGGGCCACGCUGAAACCAAGCAGCUGACAGAGAUGCUGCCAGGCAUCCUGAGCCAGCUGGGAGCCGACAGCCUCAGCAGCCUGCGCAAGCUGGCUGAGCAGUUCCCACGGCAAUCAAUGGACAUGAAAGCAGUCAAGGAGGAAAUUGCAGAAGAAGAGGAUGACGACGUACCAGAUCUUGUGGAGAACUUUGAUGAAGCCUCAAAGAAUGAAGCAAACUGAUGAAAUGUUUUUUUCCUCCGUCAACCGUUUUGUUUUUUUACCUCUUACGGACUCACUGAGGGCAUUUUCCUCUUGUGGGGAAACGGUUGUUAAAGGUGCGACGCAUCAUCAUCUCCGAAGACGUGAACCACUUCGGUUUAGCCUGCAACAACAACAACAACAACAACAUGCAGAUAGAGUAGGUUUUGAUUUCAGUAGGCUGUGGUAUUGUGGACACGCAGAGAAACGAGGAUCUUCACGACUCUCAGCACCACAAAGGACUCCAUAUACUUUACAGAUAAGCUUUCUACAUGGUUAAACAUGGCUAGUAUUUAAGAGAUUGUUUAUUAAAUUACAAUUAAAGUGAAUGAAGACUUCACUUUACAUUAUAGCGAUGAU